AAAAAUUUAUAUUUGCAUGAUGUCUUUUUUUUUGGACUGUGUUACUUUUCCACCUCCAAUUUUCUGUCUUAUUUAUUAUUAAAUCCAGUUAAUUUAAUACAAGGCCAUUGUGUGUGGGCAAAAAGAAAAAGCCAAAGUUAGUAGUUACACUAGCUGACAAUUAAAUUUUGACAAUACUCAUUAAAUAUAUAUUUUAGUAUUUUCUAUUAAUCUAUUAUCAAACAAAUUAAAAAUCAUUCACAGUUAUCCUGGUUAAUUUAAUUAACAUUUUUUUAUUUACACAAACUGUACAAGAAAUCAAGCAACAAUAUGCCAGGAAUUGUUGGAAUGUCGUUGGAUCACAUGUUCUGUUCAAGAUGCAGGGAGGGUUUUGAGGCACAUGAAAAAAUUGUUAAUUCUCAUGGAGAAUUAUGGCAUCCUCAGUGUUUUGUAUGUGCCCAAUGUUUUCGUCCAUUUCCAGAAGGAAUAUUUUAUGAAUUUGAAGGAAGAAAAUAUUGUGAACAUGAUUUUCAUGUUCUUUUUGCUCCAUGUUGUGGACGAUGUGGUGAAUUUAUUAUUGGUAGAGUCAUCAAGGCAAUGAAUGCAAAUUGGCAUCCUGGUUGUUUUCGUUGUGAAGAAUGUAAUGGUGAAUUGGCUGAUGCUGGAUUUAUCAAGUGUCAAGGACGUGCACUCUGUCAUUCUUGCAAUGCUCGUGUUAAAGCUGAUGCUCUUGGAAAAUAUAUAUGUCAUCAAUGCCAUGGAGUUGUUGAUGAUAAACCACUUAAAUUUCGUGGUGAAGCAUAUCAUCCUUAUCAUUUUAAUUGUACUGCAUGUGGUGUUGAGCUUAAUUCUGAUGCUCGAGAGGUCAGAUCAAGACCUGGUUAUGCUGCCAAUGAAAUGAAUGAAUUGUAUUGUUUGAGAUGUCAUGAUAAAAUGGGAAUACCAAUAUGUGGUGCAUGUAGACGUCCAAUUGAGGAACGUGUUGUAACAGCACUUGGUAAACAUUGGCAUGUUGAACAUUUUGUUUGUGCUAAAUGUGAAAAACCAUUUUUGGGACAUCGUCAUUAUGAAAAAAAAGGUCUUGCAUAUUGUGAAACUCAUUAUCAUCAAUUAUUUGGAAAUCUUUGCUUUGUUUGUAAUCAAGUUAUUGCUGGAGAUGUAUUUACAGCAUUGAACAAAGCCUGGUGUGUUCAUCACUUUGCUUGUGCAUUUUGCGAUCAAAAAAUGAAUCAAAAAACUAAAUUCUUUGAGUUUGAUUUAAAACCAGCUUGCAAAAAAUGCUAUGACAAGUUUCCUCAGGAAUUAAAAAAACGUAUGCGUCGAAUGUACGAUUUAAAUCCAAAACGUCUUCCUGCCUAAUCGAAAAGAAAAAAAAAAACAACAACUUGCCUUAUCAUAAUUUUCAGUGGAUCUAAUAAUAA